AUGCGUUUAGAGCCACUGGUCUCGGCGGCCAUUGCGGUCGUCUCACCUCUGGUGCUUGCUCAAAUACCACCAUCGCCAGAUCAGUAUUGGAAAGUGUCUCCGCCUAUCGACUAUUCGGACCCCAUUUACGCAGGCUGGCCACAACUCAAGGUCGAUGCUGAGGCUCUGGUAUACAAGGGCGCAGAGGUCAAUCGCACCUAUGCACAUCACCCCGAGUUGUACCAUGACGGGAGACGCACUUUCUUGAUGUAUUCAACCGCGCCCAUCGAUGAAGACUCCACUGGCCAGGACGCUUGGCUAUCAACCUCUACAGAUGGCGGCUUCACGUGGUCAAAGGGCUAUUCCAUAUUGCCGGACGCGCUCUUGCCCAACCAAACUAGUGCCGCCAACUACACCUACUGGUGCGAUAACACGAUUUGGCAGCGAGCCCAUCAUCCUGUCGCGUGGGUCCCAAUCGACAAAUCCACACUCUACGCUGUUUCUCAGACGACCCUCCGCUAUUGCUGGGGCGAUGGCGCAAAGGGCACGAAGGCAGCAGGACGAAUCGCUCGAGUCAUCGACAGGUCUGGAAAACCGGUAGGCGAUCCAUGUUGGACUUCGCAAAACAACUGGACCGAGGUUGUGCGUUUCAACGAAACCAUCUAUGGCCAGAAAUACGGCAUGAAGUUCUGCAAGCACGCCACGCAGAUCGAAGCCUACCUCACAGAGCCAGUGAAGGUUCCAGCCUGGGGCACCUGGCUAUACCAGACCAAGCUCUUCGCCGCCGACGACACCCACGAUAUGCAGGAGCCGACACACUCGGUCUGGUUUGGCAACAAACUCGGCGGCUACUGGGAGCGCUUCUGGCGCGACAUCUCCGGGUCAGAUAUCAUCAGCAAUGCGGUUUGGGUUGAGCACACAUCUUCACGCAAGGGCGAGGAUUGGUAUCCCAAGGUCGAGAAACAGCACGGCAACCAGAUCUUCAGGACCAACAUCCCAGAUGUGGGCAGCAAGCAGCAUCUGGGCCUUCUCUCAAACGGAGACCGGUUUCUGAUACAUAACCCGAGAAAUAAUACAGAGAGGUAUCGCCAGCCUCUCACUAUUGCCACGUCACGCGGAGCCAAUGGAUCGUAUACUGGCAUCGGCGUGUUGAGAACGAAUGCGAGCACAGUCAUUGCGCCAGACACGAGGAAGCUUAAGAGGCUUAUGUUUAGCUAUCCUACGGCUAUCAUGGUAAACGGAAAACUUGUCGUGGCGUACAGCGAGAACAAAGAAAACAUCUGGGUCAGCGUCGUGGAUCCAAAGAAUCUGCGAUGA